GCAUAUGCUCAUUGGAUGAUGGGCGACGACGGACUCUGUGGCCAGCCCAGACCCGUGGAAAUCCUUGACAUCUGUUUGGGAGACAACCUGCAGCCCCACUCGGAAGCCCACCUAGGGGAGACCUGUGGCCACCCUGAACCUCUCGAACCUCACGGGGAACAGACCUGGGUCUCUGUCCCUCCUGAUGCCGUGAGGCACGAUGUUUGUCCCCAGGGCUCCAGCCCAGAGCCCAUGCACGUGGGGAGCGGCUCUUCCCAGGAACGGGCAGGACAAAAAUCCACCUCCCCCGGGUCUCCCAGGGACAACCAGCCUCCAGGGAGCCCAGGGCAGAGCCAGAGCACGUCCACACAGGUGGUGUUCUGGGCGGGGAUCCUGCAGGCCCAGAUGUGCGUGCUAGACCUGGAGGAGGAGCUGGAGAAGACAGAAGGGCUCAGAGCUGAGUUGAGAUGCUGCAUUCCCGCAUCCCCUGCUGACCUCCCCACUUUUCCCUCCAGCCCAGUUGGCCCCCAGAACUCGGGCCUCCUCCCCAGCCCACCCCUGGAUGCAGAUGAGGCCUCGGGGGAAGAUAGCAGCGGGCCAGAAGGGGAGACCCAGAACCCAGCAUGGCCGAGGGAGGGCACGCUGGACUUGUCUCCUGAGUGGAGUGCCGAGGAGGAGAGCAUCUUCUUUGACAACCCACUCUUCCUGGAGAGCCCUUGCUCGGACACCAGUGCAUCUGAAACGCACUUUUCCUGGGGCUUCUCGGACUCCUAUGUAGAUGUGAGGACUGGGCCCCAGAGCCCGCAGACCCUGGAGCCUCCACCCCCAGGAGGCAGAGUGCCCUGGGAGCUGGGCGAUGAGCCGGAUCUGGGGGAGAGCACAGCAGAGUCCAGCGGGCACACCACCCCUCCAUUCCCUGUGCCCACCUACAGGCCACACUCUUUCUCCUGGGUUGUGGUGGACACCCCCGAGGGGGCUCCUGCAGCACCUUCCAGCCAGGAGGAGACCGAGAGUUCUCUGAGAGACAGCCUUGACCCUGCCUUGCCCGCAGCAUCCUGUGUGGACGAAACUCUGAGCUGGGAGACGGAACAUGUGGAAUAUAACAGCAGCCCCGCCACACAUCCAGUGCAGCCUUGGGUCGGGCCCAGCACCCAGGGCUGGCCAACCAAGGUCAUUCCUUCCUGGCCCCCAGGGCCUCUUAGCUCCCAGGACAGAGGUGACAGGGAUACAGAGUGUGUCCAGGAGUCUGCUCCCUGCACCGUGGCCCCUGGCCACCCCUGGGGGAGCCCAGCCUCUUCACCGGAGCCAAGCAGCCCUGAGUCUGGGGUCAGAGGCCCCGACUCCCUGCCCAGCCCUGUCUCCUCCCGGGAAGGCAGCCUGCGACUGCAGGGCCACCCCCCAGGCAGUGUUCUUCCCAAGUGGACACUAGAUGCUCCAAGCCCUUCAUUCCUGGAGACAGAUGGGGCAGAGCCAGGUUCCCUGGAAAAAGAGGAGGCAGGAGAGACCCCAACCCAAGGGAAGGAAGUAGAGUUAAGCCCCGCCAGGACUGCGGAGGCCGGAGCCAGCCAACCUGACGCUUGCCUGACUUCUGCAAAAUCGCUUCCUGGGAGCCCUAUGCCCCAAGUGCAACCCCCAGAGGAAGGCCAGAGGCCCCCGGCUGGAGACAGGCUGGCGAAUGGCGUCAGGACUGACAAGGUGGCCUGGAACUUGGCCUCUCGCCUCUAUCACCUGGAGGGCUUCCGGAAGUCUGAAGUGGCCGCCUACCUGAGGAAGAACAAUGACUUCAGCAGGGCCGUGGCUGAGGCAUACCUGUCCUUCUUCCAGUUCGGAGGCCAGAGCCUGGACCGUGCACUUCGGGGUUUCCUCCAGGCCCUGGUGCUCAGUGGGGAGACCCAGGAACGAGAGCGGAUCCUCUACCAGUUCUCCAAGCGCUUCCAUCACUGCAACCCUGGGCUUUUCUCCUCAGUAGAUUGUGUGCACACCUUGACCUGCGCCAUCAUGCUCCUUAACACGGACCUGCAUGGACAGAACAUUGGGAAGAGCAUGAGCUGCCAGGAAUUCAUAACCAACCUGAACGGCCUGCGGGAUGGCGGAAACUUCCCCAAAGAACUGCUCAAGGCCCUCUACUGGUCUAUCCGAAGUGAGAAACUCGAGUGGGCCGUGGAUGAAGAAGACACAGCCAGGCCCGAGAAGGCCCGGCCGUCUCCGCCGGCUGGCAAGAUGAGCAACCCUUUCCUUCAGCUGGUCCAGGACCCCACGGUGCCCACCUACAAGCAGGGCUUCCUGGCCCGGAAGAUGCACCAGGAUGCGGAUGGCAAGAAGACGCCAUGGGGUAAGCGCGGCUGGAAGAUGCUCCACACCUUACUUCGAGGGAUGGUCCUCUACUUCCUGAAGGGAGAGGACCACGGCCUUGAUGGGGAGAGUUUGGUGGGGCAGAUGGUGGAUGAGCCGGUGGGGGUGCACCACUCACUGGCCACCCCCGCCACCCACUACACCAAAAAGCCACAUGUCUUCCAGCUGCGCACGGCCGACUGGCGCCUCUACCUCUUCCAGGCACCCACUGCCCAGGAGAUGACUUCCUGGAUCUCGCGCAUCAACCUAGCCGCCGCCACGCACUCAGCUCCGCCUUUCCCUGCCGCGGUGGGCUCCCAGCGCAAAUUCGUCCGGCCCAUCCUGCCUGUGGGCCCAACCCAGGGCUCCUUGGAGGAGCAGCAUCGAUCCCACGAGAACUGCCUGGAUGCUGCUUCUGACGACCUGCUGGAUCUACAGAGGAACUUACCCGAGCGGCGAGGCCGCAGCCGCGAGCUGGAAGACUACCGCGUGCGGAAGGAGUACUUGGAGUACGAGAAAACCCGCUAUGAGACCUACCUGCAGCUGCUUGUGGCCCGUCUGCACUGCCCGUCAGAAGACCUGGACCUGUGGGAAGAGCAGCUGGGGAGGGAAGCUGGAGGCCUGCAGGAGCCCAAGCCCAGCCUAAAGAAGUCCCAUUCCAGCCCAUCGCUGCACCAGGAUGAGGCCCCCACCACGGCCAAGGUCAAGCGCAACAUCUCAGAGCGCAGAACCUACCGGAAGAUCAUCCCCAAACGGAACCGCAAUCAACUGUGA